UAAUGGGCGGAAAGCGCGGCGAGGUUCCUCCUUCCCAGCCGCGAAGCCCGCUUCCCUUUUCCCCGGGAGGCUCCUGCCGCUGCCGCCGCCGCCAGCAUGUCGGAGAGGCUCAGCAAGCCGACGUGUCUCAUUGUGGCCAGCGCUGCUGCUGCAGGUGUAUCAGCUGAUUCCUUCUUCCACUCUUUUACAUUGGCGAGCUCUGCUUUUAAUCUACAAGUUGCUACCCCAGGGGGGAAGCCAAUUGAUUUUGUUGGGGUUAAUGAAGCAAACAUGCGUUGGAUCCAGGAUUUCCGUAUGAAAUCCUAUGCAAAUCCAGCCAAGUUGGAAUCAACUGAUGGUGCAAGAUACCAUGCUUUGUUGAUCCCUGACUGUCCUGGUGCUUUGACAGAUCUAGCAAACAGUGGCUACUUAGCUAGAAUAUUGCAACAUUUCAGUUCGGAGAACAAGCCUAUUUGUGCUAUUGGAAAUGGAGUUGCUGCCUUAUGUUGUGCCACAAAUGAAGACAAAUCCUGGGUGUUUCAAGAAUACAGCUUAACAGGGCCUUCUGUCUAUGAACUUGUAAGACUUCCUAGUUUUGCCAGUUUACCCAUUAUUGUUGAAGACUUUUCAAAGGAUUCUGGAGCUACUUUUAGUGCCAGCAAGGUAGAUGCAGUUUAUGUCGUGCUUGAUAGACAUCUUGUCACUGGACAAAAUGAAAAUUCUACUGUUGCAGCUGUACAGAAUCUUAUUUUUCUCUGCAAUGGCAGCAGAAAAUGACGGAAACAUCCCUGUGACUGAGCAGAAUAAAUGAACAUGGAAGAGUUACUUGACUUGUGAAAAUUGCUAACCUUUCAUUUAUCAACCAACAGAAAAGAACACAGCUUAUUUCUAAAGAUGGUAUUUUGUAGCUGCUGAACAAGCAAAUAUUAAUUCAUAUAGUAAGGCCUACCUGUUAUCAGAUGUACCAUUCAUAGAUAUUCAUAGUUUGUAUGAGUCUAAGAAUAUUUCUUCCUACCCUCCCAAUUUCAUAAGCUAAGGAUACAUUGAUUUGAAAGAUUUCAGUCACAAAUCCCUGUGCUUCUGAACUUCCACCAGCUAUAGGGUGUUUAAAUCUUCUUAGCUAAGUUUCCCAUUCUGGGCAAAACCAGCGAAGAUCUGGACUGAGUAAGUGAUCUGAUAAGCCAAGGGUGAAUAUAUUAAUUCCAUGUUAUCAUUCCAGAUUGUGAAUUAAGUUUCAAGCUAUAGACUUUAGAGACUCUCUCUCUCUCUCUCUCUCCCCCUCUCUCCCUCCCAUCCAUAUAGGAAUAUAUAGUAUAUUGUAAAGGUUAUAGUGAGAGAUAUUACUAGUAACGGAAGUUGUGAACUUCAAGAAAAGGACUGAUUAACUGUAAAAAUAUUUAAUUUUAAAAUGGGACAGGUUAAAUUUAUUUCAUAGAGUUGGGUGAUGUUUUCCAUGUGUUCAUUUGUUGUAGCAUAACAAUAGUGGUUCAUUUAUUUUGCCUACUAUAGAAAGCUUUUGAUUACAUUUUACUUCAGUUUUUAUUUGCUUGUGUUGUCUAACACAUAAUUGUGAUUAGCCAUAUUUGUGUAUAUAAUUUUUCUAUUUUAUUCUUGAAAUAAAUUAUCGACAAUAUGAAGGUUUCA